AUGGCGAAGAGUAUAUCGACGAUUGAAAUACGGAAAGUAGAGAAGAUGGAUUUAAGUGGGAUGUGUUUGGAUUCUCUUCCAAACCCCACCGUCGAUUUAACAUUGAUUGGCAAGCUGGACCUCUCCGGUAACAAUCUCCAGAGUAUUCCAGAAUCUUUAACGGCCAAGAUGUGUACGUCGAAAAAAUCAUAUAACAGGGCACUACAAGAGCUAAACGCCAACUUCAACAAGCUGACCAGGCUGCCGGACAAUAUGGGCCCGGAGCUGGUCAACCUCCAGAAGCUCUCAGUUAACUCCAACAAGCUCUCUUUCCUCCCCAUCUCCAUCUCCAGAAUCACAUCCCUGCGAAUUUUAGAUGCCCGGCUCAACUGCCUCCGGUCCCUCCCCGGCGACAUCGAUAACCUGAUCAACCUCGAGGUCCUCAAUGUCAGCCAGAACUUCCAGUACCUGCGUGCUCUCCCUCACUCUGUCGGCGGCCUCAUAUCCCUCAUUGAGCUCGAUGCCAGCUACAACAGGAUCACCACCCUCCCCCACUCGAUCAGCUGCCUCAGGAAGCUCCGCAAGCUGUCCGUAGAGGGGAACCCGCUGGUGUCCCCACCGAUGGAGGUCGUCGAGCAUGGUGUGCAGGUGGUGAAGGACUACCUGCGCAACCGCAUGAACGGGACUGUCAGCAGCCCAACCAAGCGGGGCUCUUGGCUUGGCAAGCUGGUCAGGCAUAGGACGUUCAAUGGGCGGGAAGUCAAGGAGCAAAACGGGUUUCUGGUAUCCGAUUACCGGGCCAUCAACAGCCUCGCUUCGCCGAGGUACAUGGAGACGUCCUCACCCCGUCUGCUCUUAUCGCAAAGGAGCCAUUGUGUGAGGUGGAGCUGAACUGGAAACUGAUCCACAACUGAUGGGCCUGCUUUGGAGAUUUUUUGUUGAAGAUGACAACCAAGUUACCAAGACAGGAGGAAAUGCCCUUCCAACUCUAAUGUAAAACAAUCUUUUGCUGGAUGUCUCCGUUAA